AUGUCAUCUACAAAGAUUGAUUUGAGUACAUUAGGUCCAGAACAACUAGUUGCUGUCAAGAGACAAUUUGAUCAAGAGUUAGAUCAUUUCAACCAGUCUUUACAGGCUUUAAAUAUUGCUUCAAAUAAAUUCACAGAGUGUAUUGAAGAUAUAAAGCAAGUUUCUAAAAAAGAAAACGAUGGCCAGCAAAUAUUAAUACCUGCCUCAUCUUCUUUGUAUAUACCUGGUAAAAUUGUAAAUAACCAAAGUUUUAUGGUAGAUGUUGGUACAGGUUAUUAUAUCGAAAAAAAUAGAGAAGAAGCUAUUACUUUCUAUCAAGCCAAAGUUGAUAAGUUAAAGAAAGAGAGUAUUCAAUUGCAAGAUAUAAUUAAAGAAAAGGCACAAGUAGUUCUUAUGUUAGAACAACGUCUAAGACAACUGGCUCUGCAACGUCGUGAAGAGGCUAAGACUGAAACUGCUAAAUAA